AUGGGACAAACCAGAUUCCUCGGCAGUCAAGUGGGCGGCCAGUCUGUCAUCAACUACUCUUACACCGACUUUCCAUGGAAACUGUUGGCAUACGACAUCUACUUCUUCUUCUCAUACGCCUGGGCUCUGCCAUGGAUCGUCUGGCCCUUCUCUCCUGCUGAUUCUGGCGACCUCGACGAGUUGGCCUUCACGAGGCAGAACCUCUUCUGUGUUGGAAUGCACCUCCUUCUCUGUAUUCUACAGAUUGGUUUCAUUUUCGCCCUGCCGUUGACGAUAUUCUUUCCUCUCUGGAUCGACAUCCUUGCUCUCAGCGCCUUCUUUGCCGUCAACUAUCUUCUCUGCCUUCUUCUGAACGGCCCUACUCUCACCUACACCUCGGAUGAGAAGUAUGCGCCAGCACUCGAAAAGCACGCCCAUGAACAGUGGAUCUUCCUGAAUGGCGUUGCCGUUGGCGAUCAUUGGAUGAAGAACAACCUCAACCGGUUGGCUCUCACCUUCAAGCGCCCUAUCCUUGGCAUUCACAAUCAAACUUCCGGCAUCCUUUUUGACGUCGUCGAAUGUCUGAUCCAACGAAAUCUCGGCUAUGCCACCUACGAUGUACGCAUGUGCUACCGCAUCGUCAAGGAGACGCUCUACAACCCCAAGUUUUCCAAAGUGGUCUUCAUUCUGCACUCUCAAGGCGGCAUCGAGGGAGGUCUCGUUCUUGACUGGCUUCUACAGGAGUUGCCUCAAGAUCUCCUCUCAAAGCUGGAGGUGUACACUUUCGGCAACGCUGCGAACCAUUUCAACAACCCCCAUCGCCACGUCGCCUCCCAGGACCUGGCUCAACGUAACCCGGCAGCCAUGACAAUGACCACGACGACGGUGGCCGAAAUAGAAACGACAAGCAGCCCCGUUGCCAUGUCACCCGUUGCAACUGGCCUUCGUCGUCGAGCUUCGGGCACUUCCAACGGGGGUAGCGGCCCCAACGGCGCUAAGAACGGCCAUGCCCGCGUUCCUACACUCUCCAAAAGUUCUUCGUCCAUGUCUUCCUCCCGAUCUUCCACCGCCGCCCUGGACCGCGCCAUCGGCCACGUCGAACACUACGCACACUCAACAGACUUCGUAGCGAUAUGGGGAGUCUUGCAUUUCUGCACCUCCCUGACCGCCGACCACAGCAUGCCGCGCUUCAUCGGCCGUCUGUUCGUAAGGGCAUCGGAUCGGGGAGGUCACCAGUUCUGCCAGCACUAUCUCGACGGCAUGUUUCCGCUUGAGAAGGACUCCGAAACGGGGGAGUUCAAAGGGGCCGCGGACACAAACGACUUCAUGGAAAGCGAAAUCACCGUCGGAACCCCGGGCGAUGCGGCACAGAACGCCCGCGAGGCGUUGGAGGGCUGGUUGGGUGGCGAGUUCGCCACUGAUGUCGAGUUCCACGGCGAGCACAUCAAGGGCCGUCACAGGAGGAAGACCUUCAAGGUGAAGGAGCUUUCGAGGCUUUGGCUGUACCGCAACGGCGAAAGCCCCCCUGAGAUGCCGCCGAUGUUGCCUUCGGAGAAUGGAGUCCCUAGAAUGGCUACACUAUGA